AUGUUCAAUGACUUUUUUUAUGUACAUCUUCUUGUGCUCUUCCUCAUCAAUGCCUUUUGUUCUGUACAUCUUCUUGUAACAACUAAGCGAAUUAAACAGUUAGCGUUCCGCUAUGUACCUUUCUGCGAUAGUCGUAAGGAGAUGGACGGUUUCCGUUUCUGGAAACGAGGAUAUUGGUCGAACCAUUUGGCCGGCAGAAGAUAUCACAUUAGUGCUCUUUAUGUGGUAGACUUGCAAAAGUUUCGACAGUUAGCUGCCGGAGACCGUCUCCGUGGUCAAUAUCAAGGUCUCAGUAGCGAUCCAAACAGCUUGUCCAAUCUUGAUCAAGUUAGUAUUUCAUCGGCCAUUGUAUACCUACUAUUAUUCAAUGAUUGUGAUACAAAGAUUCAUCGGAGUUUCAUUCAAAAAGUCCAACUCAGUGAGGAAUUCCAUAGUUUUUACCAACAUUGUGCACAUUUCCCGUCGUAA